AUGCCCAAGUCAAAUCUAGAUCUCGUUUGCGAAUGCGAUAACUUCCCCUAUUAUGAGGACAACCGCGCCGCCUACACGGAGAGCCUCAACAACUACCACGCCUUCCGAGUGUCCGGCUGCGAUGCCACGCUAGGAUAUGUCCUGAACUCGGUGAUCGACAAGUUCCCGUGGUCAAAGCACUGGGCCAUUGACUCCGCCGCGAAAACUUUGACCCUGUUGACGCCGGCAGAUGCAGACCCCACUCUCCGCAGCAAGUUGGUCGCGGAGAGCAUCGGGGACGCCGUCAAGCAGGGAAGCUUCGAGGUUCUGAAGGGAUGGCGCAAUGAGAACUAUCCCGUUUUCGGACCCGGUGGUGAAUACCUACUCGAGAUGGAGCGCUGUGCCUCAUGUCUUUUCGGCAUCGUCACCUACGGCGCCCAUAUGACCGCAUACGUGGAGGAUGCGACAGAGUUGAAGAUAUGGGUUCCACGCCGUUCAAAGGACAAGCAAACGUACCCCAGCAUGCUAGACAACACCGUCGCAGGCGGAAUGUGCACCGGCGAGAAACCGUUCGAAUGUAUCGUCCGCGAAGCAAUGGAAGAAGCCUCUCUCCCCGAAGAUGAUAUCCGGCCCAAGAUCACCGCCAGGGGCUGUGUGACGUACCACCAUGUGCGCGAUCCCCGCGCUGGUGGCGAAACCGGUCUCUUGCAGCCGGAGGUCGAGUACGUCUACGAUCUGAAGCUUGAUGCGUCGGUGGUACCCCGGCCCGGUGACAACGAGGUCGAGGAGUUCAAGUUGCUUUCUAUUCCUGAGGUGCAGGAGGCGCUUGCGCGGGGUGAGUUCAAGCCGAACUGCGCCGUCAUUAUAAUUGACUUCUUUAUUCGGCAUGGUCUGCUCACGGCGGAGAAUGAGCCGGAUUAUUUGGAUAUUGUGGCGCGCUUGCAUCGUCGUUUGGAAUAUCCAACUGCAUCGCAUUGCCAGAAGUAA